AUGGAGAUUAAUGGUUCAGUGGUGAUAGAGGAAUGCCCCGAGGAAUGCGAAGAAGUUGUGCAAUCUCUAAUAUAUGCUGCACCAAGAUUUUUUGAAUUCCCAGAAUUACAAGAUCUUCAUUCUGCAUUCAUUGAUAUAUAUGGACCUCCUCUUGAAUCAUUCGUUAAUAAAGAGGUCAUAACAGAUAGCUCCUCUUCAUUAUUUAUUAAUGUUGAAGCCAAAGUCUACCACAAAGGAGAUGAAGCUUCAAUUGAUGCACUACAUAGCACAAGAGUUCUCCAUCGAAUGGAAUUCAAAGGAAGAAAGAAGGUAGCUAAUGACAGAUACAAACUGCAAAGCAGCAGUGAAGAUGAGGUGUUUUCAGUCAGCAGGCGAGAUAGCACUGACCAAGACUUGAUGUUGAAAGGAUCUCUUGACAGAGAAAGUGGUGUUGCUACUCCAACGUUGCCUGCUUCAAGCCUUGAUGGAAGUACAAAGUCUGGAAGGGGUAGUGAGAGUGGUAGAGGAGGGCGAACGUCAGCCUCAUGUCAACCAAGUGACAGGUUGUUUUGCAGGAUACAGGUCCCUGCCAAAGAACUUAAGCAGAGAUUCCAUGUUUAUAAUGACAAUUUGGCAAAUCCAAAAGAUCGUUUGUCAUCAUCUGAAGGCAUGCGUACAUUUGAUAUUUGCUGUGUUACAACCAAGGUACCAUUUCAGAGAAAUCUGAAGGAUCCGGAGAUUGGUAUAGUUGGUGCUUUUGCUGGGAAUAAAGCAUUCUCCUUAGAUGUGGUUGGGGAAAGGAUGAAAUCUGAAACUUUGAAGGAUAUCAACUAG